GUUGAGUGAAUAUUUUGAUGUCUACCCCCCCACUGUGAAUUGAAUGCCCUGUGAUGUUAAUCCACUCUGAAGUGAAUGCUCUGAUAUUUAUGUUGAUCCAUAAUUUGGUUUUUGUCUGCCAGUUAUGGGAGGUUGGGCACGACGAAAAAGGGACCCCAUUUGCCAAGUACGUGGCGAGCCUCAAUCACCAUACGACUCCCGUGAACGUCAUUCGCUUUUCGCCCGCAGGUGACCAAUUGGCAUCUGGUGCAGAUGGAGGGGAGCUUCUUAUCUGGAAGUGUGUGCGAACUGAGGCUGGUGGUGUUCCCCUGUCAUGGAAGCUGUCAGGCUCAUUGAGACGGCACAGCAGGGACGUUCUGGAUCUUGAGUGGUCGCCAGAUGGGAGUGGAUUGAUAAGUGGGUCAGUGGACAACUCAUCGAUUGUUUGGGAUGUCAGCAAAGGUGACCUUGUUCAUCAUUUCAGAGAUCACCUCCACUAUGUUCAAGGAGUGUGUUGGGAUCCCGUUGGCCAGUACCUGGUCACACAGAGUGGCGACCGCACAUGCAGGGUGUAUGGGCGGCAAUCGCAGUCAAACAAGAACCAGAAAAAGAAGGACAAGUGUGCGCCAGCAGGAGGAGGGCCAUUUACAUGCCAGCAUGUUCUGCUCAAACGAAAUAUUACUAUGCUUCGAGGGACAAACGGGCUUCCACCAGCAGUGAAUGGUCCAUCAGGAGGAUCGGGCACCAUGCCAUCUGAGUUACAGAAGGAGGGUUGUGCAGCAAACAGUAAGGCAGUAUCAACAAAGCAUCAUCUUUUUUAUGAUGAGAACCUUCCCUCUUUCUUCAGGCGGCUCAGUUUUUCUCCAGAUGGUUCUUUUCUUGCCGUUCCUGCAGGCCAGUACAAGCACACGCUGGAAAGCUCACCUGUGAAUACAUCCUAUAUUUUCUCACGCAAAGAUCUAUCCCGGCCGGCAUUUAUCCUUCCAGGUCAUCCAAAGGCAGUUGUGGUAAUUCGUUUCUGCCCCGUGUUUUUUGCGCCAGCUCCUCAGUCUCCUAGCAUGGCGAUAGCAGCAGACAACAAUCGAAAAGGAGAACCUCCGAAGACCUUUGCUCUGCCCUACAGGCUUGUCUUUGCUGUGGCAACACUGGACUCCCUUUUCCUCUACGAUACGCAGGCGGAUCAGCCAAUUGCAGUUAUUGCCGGGCUUCACUAUGCUCCAAUCACAGACUGUGCCUGGGCAGCUGAUGGCUCCAUGAUUGCUGUAUCUUCCCAAGAUGGAUAUUGCACAAUGGUGACCUUCACAAAGGGCGAGCUCGGAACCCCCAUUUCACUGACAGAUAUACCCGCACAUAUCACUGAUUAUUUGCCGCAGACUGUCCGAGAGCGCGCAGCAGGGGGAGCAGCCACUGCUGCUGCAUCUACUCCAGGAGUUCAGGGAGCCGGUGACGAAUCCAUGAGCCGCGGCAAGAAGCGACGCCGGCCGGUUUUGUGUUCGCCAGCAAAACCGACAGAGCAUAGUUCCUUGCCCACAGCACCACAGUCACCUCUGUGUCGGGUUAAUGAUGCAAGGAUCUCAGCAGACCCAUCGACGGAAGCAAGCAACACUUUGGCGGCAAACGUGGGUAAGAGUCAAGAGGACAUCAAGGCAUCGAGUCUGGCGGAUGAUGCUCCCAAGCCGAAACGGCGGAUCUUUCCGGUUUCUGUGGAAAAGAGUGCACAUGGUGGCACUGAGAGGGUGGCUCCUGUUCAAACAGAAGACGUCAAGAAGUCCGAAACAGUACAGGAUUCAGUUGCCGAGCAGCCUCCAAGGCCUAAACGCCGUAUUGUGCCGGUAAUGGUCACAAAGCCUGCUGAAGAUGAGUGUGACCACGAAGUAGCUCGUUCACAGGGAUUUGGUGCUGCCAUGGAAGUUGGAGUUGGUCAAAGUAGUCGCAUCAGUGGUCAGGACAGCAGGGCGAGCGGAAGUGAGCAGAAAGAUGUUCCGACUGACAUCGAGCCUCCAAAGACAAAGCGUCGAAUCGUACCGAUGGCCGUGCCUGUGGAAAAGCGUGCAGAAGCCGGAGAGAAGCGCCGUAUCGUACCUGUAGCCAUGUCGGCAGAAAAGCCUGCAGGAGGUGGAGGGAAGCGCCUUAUCGUACCAGUAGCCAUGUCGGCGGAAAAGCCUGCAGAAGCUGGAGGGAAGCGCCGUAUCGUACCAGUAGCCAUGUCGGCGGAAAAGCCUGCAGAAGCUGGAGGGAAGCGCCGCAUUGUACCGAUAGCCUUGUCUAUGGAAAACGAGACUGAAGCUGUAAAGACACGAAGGCAGCCUCCUCAGUUUCUGGACUUGGGCAAAAACGGUACAGGGGAGGAGUCAAGCGAACCUCUUCGAACCGGUGAUGGUAGCAAUUCCAGUCUGCGGAGUGAGAAACUGCUGGACAGCAAAGCCGAGUCAACUGGAGAAGAGAAGGGAAAAACGGAGUGCCAAACUGUGCCAGUGCAAGUGGGGAAACUUGCUGAAAGUGAAGCAGAAACAGAAGAACAACUGCAGGUGAUUGUCGAGGCGAGGGAAAGGGGUGGAGCUCAGGAUAUGGAGGAAGAAGCUCGUGCGAUCAAAUCUGUCAGCGCUAGCAAGGAGGAGGUCGCUGGUUGCACAGGCGCAAACACUGUGGAAUGCGUGAGGAUCAUUGCCGAGCCUGCUGGAAACAUGCCCAGAACAGUCGUAGAUUAUGGAUGUGAUGCCGCGCAGGACUUGGUUUCUACAGAAAAAAGUGCUGUAAAGGAGGAAAGUGCCCAUCCAGUGGUUAAUCCUUGCCCAGACUGCGGUGCAAGUGUUUCUUUGGGCGGUGCAGGUGUUUCUCAAACGCUAAGCGACAAAGCUGCUGCACAUGAACCAUCGCCGGGCACUUUGCCGGUAAGCACCCCACCAACGGAAGAUGACGCAAUGGAAAUAUGUGAAUAGCUCAGGGAGGGGCCUAUGUUGCAGGCCCUGGAUCCUUGUAACUGUUGGUCUCUGCAAUCAAUGAAGUGUUGGAUC